AUGGCGAACCAGUCAGCGGAAGUAAUAAUCAUCGGCGCCGGAGUAGCUGGAAUCACAGCAGCCAAUACCCUGUUCGCCUCUGGUUACAAGGACGUGAAGAUACUGGAAGCAAGGAACAGGAUUGGAGGACGGAUUCAUACCAUUCCGCUAGGGUCAGACGCGUGUUCUGUUGAACUGGGGGCGCAAUGGAUCCAUGGAGGGGCAGAAAACCCAGUUUAUCGUAUGGCCCUUGAGCAUGAUUUAUUGGGCUCAAGCAGCAUUCACGACGAAUUUGCAGGAAUCUAUUGCAAAGAAAACGGGACCAGGGUAGAUAAAUCACUCCUAGACACCGUGAUUGCUAUCUUUAAAGAAACCGUCGAAGAUAUGGUGGAUUUCUCAUUUUCAGACUCAAAAUCAACACUGACAUGCGACGAAUACCUAACGAGUCGGAUGCCGGUCAUCUUGUCUCCUAUUUCAGAUGAACAAAAGAAAGAAGCUGCAAACAUAUUCCAGUCGUUGUUGAACAUUCUAAAGGAGGAUUGCGGUGGCGAGCUCACGCGGCUGUCAUUGAGUUGUAACGGGUUCGAAGACGACUUCCGAAGCAAUGACCAUACACUUCCGGCAGGAUUUGACACCCUUCUAAGAAAACUGAUGUGCAACUUUGAAUCGGAUGUUAUCAAACUUGAAACAGAAGUCAAGAUGAUUGACUGGUCAGAGAAAGAAAACGCAGUCCAUUCUGUUGUGCUGAGAUGUGUUGAACGAGGAAAGGAAAUGACGUAUACUGCAAAUCACGUGAUUAGCACAAUUCCGCUUGGGGUUCUAAAGCAGAAUCAUCAACAGCUAUUCAGUCCGAGUCUCCCUGUCGACAAAAAAAAUCUCAUUGAAAAGCUUGGCUUUGGUCAGGUUAAUAAAAUAAUUCUUUAUUACGACGAACCUUUCUGGACUAAAGGUAACGGUGGAAUUAAAUUGGUGUGGGAUCAGGAAGCCGAAUGUGACUUAGGAGAUAGGUCAUGGGCACGUGGUAUAUUUGCGUUCAAAGAAAUGAAACACAUCGACAAUGUUUUGAUAGCGUGGAUAUACGGGGACUCAGCAGAACUAAUCGAGUCGAUAGGUGAGACACGUGUAGCUGACGUAUGCACCCAGGUUCUGAAACAGUUCCUAAAUGAUGAUCGGAUACCGAAACCCACCAGUGUCCGAACUAGUAAGUGGUGCACCGACCCGCACACCCUUGGAGCAUACACCUUCGUCACUUCUGGUUGUCACUAUGACGACAUCGGUCGUCUAUCACAUCCUCUUCUGAAUACUUUCGGAAAACCAGUCGUGAUGUUUGCUGGAGAAGCCACACACGAUAACCAUUAUGCGAGUGUACACGGUGCGAUGUUGUCAGGGAUUCGUGAGGCGAAACGUUUCGUGAAGUGGAAAACCAACUAG